CCGUUCUGGAGGCAUGCUCCAUCGUCAUUUCAGAAUGGGAUCCACUCAAUGAACUUUUUGACUGUAGUCUCUAUCCUGACUCCAAUGAUCCAAAUAAAUGUGAGGAUCCCACUAGAAGACGUGGCUAUUGUUACGAUAAUGAAUUCACCUGCUAUGAUCGCUCCUGUAUACCACAUCAGUGGCAAUGUGAUAACAUCAAAGAUUGCGCUGCUGGUGAGGACGAAGACAGAUGUCUUGUAUGUGAUUAUCGCGAUGAAUUCCGCUGUCGUUCAAACGAAAAGUGUGUAGCUGAGCCUGUUCGUUGUGAUCUUAAAUACGAUUGCCUUGACGGAUCUGACGAGGAAGAGUGCGAUGAUUAUGGAUCUGCAGGGGAGGACAUAACUUCCUUUGACGAAGCUGCGUUAAAUUUAUUUCCCCGAAUGUUUUCCUAUGCUAGUUUUCCGUCGUCUAAUCAAACCCACGAAGGUUUGUAUAUCUACAUCACUUAUCCAACUGACGAUGAAAACAGCACUAAAUUUCAAGUGCGCGAAAAUGCAAAUCGUACAAGAGGCAUAUCACCUGAAGAAGUCGCAAAUAGUGUGUCCGGAGACGGUCCCAAAGGAUUUGUGAACUUCCCUGACAGCAAAGAAAUCAUGAUGACCAGCGAUACGGAGAACAAAUUCAAAUAUUCUUCAGAUACUGCCACAUCACGCCCGGCAACCUGUGACCACAGCACGGCUACUAGCAAACUUAAAGUUCCCUUUAGUGCCACCACUCCUUUGAAACCAGCUCAUUCAAUGCGAGUUACGGUUACGACUGAACCAGGUAGCCUCUUCAAGGUGGAUAAUGGCAACGGGCAACGAGCACCGACGAAAGCUUGUGCGCCACAUCAGCUGCGUUGUGUGAGCGGCGAAUGCAUCACAGUCAAUGAGCUUUGUGAUAAGAAAAUUGAUUGCCCGGACGGGGCUGAUGAACUGAUGUGUGUUUACAAGGAGCUGCGCAGUUCGACAACACCAAUAAAAAUACGCAGCAGUACAGGACGUACAUCGCGGAGUAGAAGUGUUCACACGCAGUCAGCAGUGAUAUCGACAGCAGUCCGUGCUGAUAAAAGAUCAUUGACACGUACCACAAUAAAGAAAAUCUAAAAACCUGAUGUUGCGGCAGGUCAUGCCAGAAUAAUAGAAUAGAAUAGAAAAAGUGGUUUUUGAGCAGAUUCUAUCCCAUUAUUCAGUAACAAAAGGUUUUGUACUAAAGCAGUUUUCUCGCUCCCAACAUCGGCUUCUUUCGCGAUGAAGAAUGUUGCUCACUCUAGUUUCUGGUUAUGUUAGGAAUAAAACCUAAACCUCUUCAUACUAAUUCGUUGGCAUCACUUGCACGUGAACAAGUCCAGAAUGCCAACCGUUUAGAUAUAAAAAAAAAAUUAAAAAUUGUGUGUCGAUAGAAAUUUUUACGCUGAUUUUAACCAUGCGAAAAUUAUGUGUGACAAUUAAAAAAUAAAGAUAUAAAAGGUCAAUGUUAAACUUUUUGAUUUCCUGAAAUAUUAAUAUCUU